AUGUCGAAGAUCAUGAAAGAAACAUUAAUAAAGGAUUUCAAAGGUCGGGGUUUCAUCGACAACGAGAUGCGGCGCGAGCGAGUUCAAGUCGUUGUGCGAUGCCGGCCUCUUCAUCCACGAGAAAUAUCAGACGGGCGAGUCAGUUGUGUGACGGUCGAUACCCAGCGUUCCACCAUUCAGGUGCGCAACCUGAAGAAUCCGGAUAUGCAACCAAAGCUCUUCACUUUCGACCGGACAUACGGAAGUUCAAGUACUCAGCGAGAAAUCUAUGACGAUGUUGCGCAUUCUAUUGUGCACAGCGUGAUGUGUGGGUAUAAUGGCACAAUUCUGGCUUAUGGUCAGACCGCCUCAGGAAAAACUUUUACCAUGGAAGGGCUCGACAAUCCUCCAGAAAUGAGAGGAAUCAUUCCAAAUGCAUUUGAAGACAUAUUUGCACACAUCGAGCAAAGUCAGAGUUCAGAUCAUUUCCUGGUCCGUGCCUCGUAUCUGGAGAUAUACAAUGAGGAAAUUCGAGAUUUACUGUCUCAAAGCACACCGAAUCAAUACAGACUAGAACUGAAGGAGAAUGGGGAUGCUGGUGUCUACGUGAAGAACCUGACGUCAGUAACAGUGCAGAGUGUCCCCGACAUCAAUCGCCUACUAUUGAUGGGGAAGAAGAAUAGAUCUGUGGGAGCAACCUUGAUGAACCAAGACUCAUCUCGUUCUCAUUCCAUAUUUUCCAUCACCGUCGAAACAAGUGCAGGUCCUUGUUCUGAGCAUCCUGAUACAGAAAAGAGUGUCAUCCGAGUUGGGAAGCUUAAUCUGGUCGAUUUGGCGGGCAGCGAGAGGUUGAACAAGACAGGAGCAACGGGAGACAGGUUUAGGGAGUUGACAAAUAUCAACUGGUCGCUCUCUGCUCUGGGCAAUGUCAUAUCUGCUUUAGUGGAUGGGAAAAACACACACAUUCCUUACCGGGAUUCGAAACUCACUAGACUUCUCCAAGAUUCCCUCGGAGGGAACACACGGACCGUUAUGGUGGCGAAUAUUGGCCCAGCAGAUUACAACUUUGACGAGUCAAUCAGCACGCUGCGGUAUGCCAACCGAGCCAAGAAUAUCAAGAACAAGCCACGCAUCAAUGAAGAUCCCAAGGACACUAUACUGAGAGAAUUUCAGGAAGAAAUUAUCAGGCUCAGAGCCCAGUUGCAGAUCAACGUCCCUGAACCAGAAGCUCGUGUUGAGAAUAACACGGAAAGGGAGAAAGAAAUGCAGAUGUAUAAGGAUCAGAUUCGCCAGAAUAUGGAAUGGGAAGUCACACACUACAAGACUCUAAGUGAGCAAGCAAUGGCCUGCAUAAAAGCUGAUUUGGAGCGAAAGGCCCAGCAGGAGAUGGAAGCCUUGAAAGCAGAGAAAGAGCGAACUGAAGAAGAGAAGCAAAAAAUUGCAGAGAAGCUUUUGCAGCAGCACAUGGAGUUGCAGUCACAUUACCAGGCUCUUGCCAGGGAGAAGGAGGAUCGCGAAGUCCUAGCCCAAAAGCUCAAGGCUCUUGAGGAAAAACUGCUUCAUGGUUCAAAUAGUGUUAAUGAGAAGCUCUCUGAAAAGGCCAAAGAGCUUGCAUUCAGAGAGCAACAAAUCCGAGAGAAAGAGUACCUUGAUGAGGAACGCAGGCGCAAGAUAGCAGAGCUUGAGGAAGCUCAACUAAUGGUUGAAGAAAAAUGUAACACUAUGGAAGAAGAUGUAGAAGCUAAGACUAGGAAGCUCAAGAAGUUAAUGGCUCGAUACCAGCAAAGCAAGGCAGAGAUUUCAACCCUGCGAACUGAGCUUCAAGACACCAUUCAUGAGUUUCAAAGAGAACGAGCAGACAUGUUUCUAUCCCUUCGCUCCCUUGAUCAACAGCUCCAACUGAAAUCCUUCAUUAUUGAGAAAUUUAUACCACCUGAGGAGAUUUCAAAGAUCAUGCGUAGAGCAAUCUGGGAUGAAGAAAGUGAAACAUGGAUUCUUCAAAGCAUGGUACAGAAAGUUCCCUCUGCAGAUGGAGAGACUCGAGUUUAUCUCACAGACGGAAUCGAUAAGCAACCUUUGCAACGUCCAGUUUCAGCAAUGGGAAGGAACAGACACAUGUGCAGACAAGCUGAAGAUGCAAUGGCGAGAGGCGAUCGAGACCCAAGAUACAUGAUGGACAAUAUUUGGAGAUUGGAGCUUGACAUGCCGGAGCGAACCACUUAUGAUUAUGACAAUGCAAUUGAUCGAGCACGAGCAGAAACAGAUGUAGAACUCGCUCUUAUGGAGUUUGAUGAUGAAAGCCCCUACUUUUCAUACGAGUCUAAUCUUCCAACUCCUGCUAAUCUUCCAACUCCUGCCAGACCCAAGUCGGCGCGCACCAAGCACCAUUCUCGCCCAAAAACUGCAACAAGAUAA